CCGCUCACGUGCGGCCGAAGCGGAAGUACGGUCCCCGGCAGAGUUGAGAAGUCGGCCGUGGCGCGGCUCUUAAGGCAUUUCGUCAACAUGUCUCACCUGCCGAUGAAACUCCUGCGCAAGAAGAUCGAGAAGCGCAACCUCAAGCUGCGGCAGAGAAACCUAAAGCUGCAGGGGACCUGGGAUGUAAGCCUAUCAGAAGCUCAAAAUGGACAUGUGUCUGAAGAAACUAUAGGAAGUGGAAAAGUUAAAAAAGCCCUAAAACAGUCUAUGAACGGAGGCUUGUCAGAAGCCCAAAAUGGAGAAACAUCUAAAGAAACAGUGGGAGGUGGAAAGGUUAAAAAAUCCCUGAAGCAGUCUAUGAAUAAGGGUGUGUCAGAAGCUCAACAUGGAGAUAUAUCUGAAGAAAAAGUAGAAAAUGUAAAAGUUAAAAAAUCCCCCAAGAAAUCUACGGUACUAAGCAACGGGGGAGCGGCGCAGUCUCCCGGUUCAGAACGGAAGAAGGCGAAGAAGAGGAGGAAGUUGGUGGGUGGUGCUGGGCCCGAUACCAAAAAAGCAAAACCUGAAGACAAAGUGGAACCAGAGGAAGGUGCCCAGGCUCCUGAAGAAACAGAAGACAGUGUGGAAAAGCCAGACGAUGGAGAAGAGGACAGCGAAGUGCCCAGCCUACCCCUGGGACUGACAGGAGCUUUUGAGGAUACUUCAUUUACAUCUUUAUCUAAUCUUGUCAAUGAGAACACUCUGAAGGCAAUAAAAGAAAUGGGCUUUACAAACAUGACUGAAAUCCAGCAUAAAAGCAUCAGACCACUUCUGGAAGGCAGGGAUCUUCUGGCAGCUGCAAAAACUGGCAGUGGCAAAACCCUGGCCUUUCUCAUCCCUGCAGUUGAACUCAUUGUUAAGUUAAAGUUUAUGCCCAGGAAUGGAACAGGAGUUCUUAUUCUCUCCCCUACUAGGGAACUGGCCAUGCAGACGUUCGGUGUUCUUAAAGAGCUGAUGACACACCACGUUCACACUUAUGGAUUGAUCAUGGGUGGCAGCAACAGGUCUGCAGAAGCACAGAAGCUUGCUAAUGGGAUCAACAUCAUUGUGGCCACACCAGGCCGUCUUCUGGACCAUAUGCAGAAUACCCCAGGGUUUAUGUAUAAAAACCUACAGUGUCUGGUUAUUGAUGAGGCUGAUCGUAUCCUGGAUGUUGGGUUUGAAGAGGAAUUAAAGCAAAUUAUUAAACUUCUGCCAACACGCAGACAGACUAUGCUCUUUUCUGCCACACAAACUCGAAAAGUUGAGGACCUGGCGAGGAUUUCUCUGAAAAAGGAGCCGUUGUAUGUUGGUGUUGAUGAUGAUAAAACUAACGCAACAGUGGAUGGUCUUGAGCAGGGAUAUGUUGUUUGUCCUUCCGAAAAGAGAUUCCUCCUGCUCUUUACAUUCCUUAAGAAGAACCGAAAGAAGAAACUAAUGGUCUUCUUCUCAUCCUGUAUGUCCGUGAAAUACCACUAUGAGUUGCUGAACUACAUUGACUUACCUGUCAUGGCCAUUCAUGGAAGGCAGAAGCAGAAUAAACGUACCACCACGUUCUUCCAGUUCUGCAAUGCGGACACAGGGAUAUUGCUGUGCACGGACGUGGCGGCUAGAGGGCUGGACAUUCCUGAAGUCGACUGGAUUGUUCAGUAUGACCCUCCAGAUGACCCCAAGGAAUAUAUCCACCGUGUCGGGAGAACAGCCAGAGGCCUGAACGGGAGGGGGCAUGCCCUGCUCAUCCUGCGCCCUGAAGAACUGGGUUUCCUCCGUUACUUGAAGCAGUCCAAGGUUCCAUUAAGUGAAUUUGAGUUUUCCUGGUCCAAAAUUUCUGACAUUCAGUCUCAGCUUGAGAAACUGAUUGAAAAGAACUACUUCCUUCAUAAGUCAGCCCAGGAAGCAUAUAAAUCAUACAUUCGAGCUUAUGAUUCCCACUCUCUGAAACAGAUCUUUAACGUGAACAACUUAAAUUUGCCUCAGGUUGCUCUGUCGUUUGGUUUCAAGGUGCCUCCUUUUGUUGAUCUGAACGUGAACAGCAACGACGGCAAGCUGAAGAAGAGAGGCGGCGGCGGCGGAUUCGGCUACCAGAAACCCAAGAAAGUCGAGAAGGCCAAAAUCUUCAAGCACAUUAGCAAGAAGCCUUCCGACCGCAGGCAGUUCUCUCACUGAAGACGCCAGCCUGCCUUCUUCCCGAGCUUAGUCCUGAGAUGAAUUGUUUUCCUUGCUCUAACAGGAGUUUUUUAAUGCAGGGUUGGGGCCGAUCUAACAAGAAUAUAAACUGACUUGGGUUGCAAGCACCGAGCACUGGUAUUUCCAGCAAGUCUCGUUUUGGGUUAUAAAACGAGUUCAGUUUUUCUUAAUUUCCCAAGGACAACACAAAGGGAUCUUUCAGUCCUUCUUGUGAUUAUACAAUAUUUUAAGGUUAAGGUUUUUCCCCUCUCAUUUGUCAUUUAAUUCUUUUUUGUACCUUUCCUGGUGUCCAAAGAUUUUUGCAUCGUGGAUUGCUAUAGCAGCCUGCUGAAAAAGGCAGGUGACCUGGUACACUGGGCAGGAGGUGGUGUGAUGGUGACAAUGUAGAAGACUGCCUCAGUUCAUUUUGUAUGUUUGUUUUUGUUGUUUCUUGGACCUUAAUGGUAGUUCUUGACCUCUCGUGUAAAUGCUGCCAUGUAAGAGGGCAGAGAGCUUUUGGAAAUACCUGAGAAGCACCUUCAACUAAAGGUGGCAUCGAUUUUUAUAUCUGCCUGGUUUUAAAACUGAGCCUUUCCCCAUUUUAUUGUUUUAAGAGCAAGAAGUAUGAGUUAGAUUUGAAUAAAGUGCCGCAGCAGUUCUAUUGGGGUUGGGGGAGAGCGGAGAUUUCUGAGCCUCGUUUACACCUAUGUAGGUAUAAUAGUCUGCUGUUCUCCACGUGGUAAUUCAGCAAAGUCCUUGAAAAAAAGGACAAUGUGGUGACGUGCCUCAUUCAAACUUGUUCUAGGUUGUUUGGGGUUUAGUGAGCCUUCCAACUCUGUGGAGCCCUUAGCAGGCAAAACAUCUUUUUUGAGAAAAAAUGCCUCUUCUAGAUCCAUGAAACAGGAACAGAAGUCAGCAGAGUUUAGUCAUGUGGUUUUUUUGUUGUGGGAGCUCUUGAUCUGUGUUUUAUGUUUUAUUUUAGUGUGUUUCGUAACUACAAAUGGUUAUUACAUUUUAUAGCAACUUAAAACUAGGGUUGCUAGCAUCAUUUUGCUCUUGUGUCCGUUAAUAUUUAUAGACUUGUUAAAUACAAGUACACUGAGAACAUCAGGUGGAGAGGAAACCGUCGGGUGAAGAGCGUCCCAGAGGGAGAGGAAGAAGUGAUGUUCCACGGCUGGCCCUGUCACCAUCACCGCAGCAGCCUGUCCUGGGUCCAGACCCUGAUUGCUGGGCUCAUGACAUUUAACAACUGUUUCUCUACCUAGUAGCUUGCUUUUCUUUUUUGUUUCAGAAAUAAUCAUGUUUCAAAAACACAAAAGCAAAGGGAAAAAUAAUCACUGAACAGAAGUAGACUGCAUUAUUUUGGUGUAUAACCUUCCAGUGUUUUGUAUACAUACAUUUAAUUUUUUAUCAGAAGUGAAAUCGUCUACCCACUAUUUGUGACCAGCUUGUUUCAUAAUGUUAUUUUAUUUUCCCAUCUCAUUAAAUAAUUACAUCAA